GCAGAAGGCGCUUAUCCUCAGUGUGGCAGGGCUCCUACUGCUCCCUGUGGGUUGGAGCCGCGUCGUCUUCAAUGACCACUCCGUUGAGCAGGUCUUGGCUGGCGCCGCCUUCGGCGUGGUUGUGGCCUUCUUGUGGUACGGCUUGCUGCAGCUCCGAGUGACAAUGUGGGUGCUGAAGCUCCUCAAAUCCUGGAUCCCGCUGCUGGACCUGAACUAUCCACUGGACGCGGCGCCCGAGGGGCCCUGGGCGCCUGCGGCCGCGGCGAAGGCUGCCAGCUACGGCGCCACGCGGGACCCUGAAGGUACAUCAUCCCAACAGCUGACUGCACAGUGA